AUGUCAUAUUCUAAGAAGAACGAAAAUAAAAAGUUUAUAGAAAAAAAUGUGUAUAAUUGUGAAUUUAAUUCUGAUAUUCAAAAAGAUAUAGAAGUAAUAAAAUCGUAUACAUUGGAAAUAUCAAAUGUUAGUCAAAAUGAAUCAUGUUCUAUUGAAAGUUCAGAGAAAGUGCAAAAACUAGUACAACAAGGGAAAUCAAAAAUUCAAGAGAUACAAAAGAAGUUGAAUAAUUAUUCUAGUACUAAAAAUGUUCCACAUAAUGAAAAAGUUCGGAAGAAGUUGAUGUUGCAAAAAUUAUCAAAUUCUUAUAUGAAUGCAGUAAAUAAUUUUCAAAAUGCUUCAAAAAAUUAUAUAAAUAAAACUAUAUUAAAAGAUUCACACCCCAAUAAUUUUAGUAUUCCUGAUGAUUUAGAAGAUUUUAAUUCAUUUAAUAACUUUUCAAGAAAAAGUAGUUCAAAUUAUGAUUCUAGUAAGGAUAAGUUUAAUAUUAAUAUAUAUGAUUAUAAUUUUUAUGAUAAUAAAUAUGAAAAUAAUUAUAACAGUUACAAAAGUAACGAAUUUCAGAGUAUAGACAGUACAAUUGAAGAAAAAAGAAAAAAAAAAAAGUAUAAAAAUUAUAUAUUUACAGGAAAUAAAAAAAAUGAGAUUAAUGAAUACUUAUUGAAAAAUGAUAGAUACAUAGAAAAUGAAAAGGAUGAUAAUUAUUCUCAAGAAAAACAGUUUGUGUCUGUAAAGACCGUAGAUAUUGAAAAAGAAAUACUAAAUCAGAAAAAUAAAGAAAUAGAAAAAUUACAUAAGGAUAUAAUAAAUAUUCAAGAAUUAUAUAAGGAGCUAUCUGAGCAAAUAAAUAUUCAAGGAGAUAAUAUUGACAAUAUUGAUUCGCAAAUAGUUAACACUCAUGAUAAUAUUGUUAUGUCAGGUCGAGAAAUUGAAAUAGCUAGAAAUAGAUAUUUUCGUAAUUUUAAAUGUAUGUUUUAUCUUUUUUUGGCAUUAUUAGUUUUGAUAAUUAUUAUUUUAACUGUCCUUAAAGUAAUAUAA